CCACAACUAAAAUUUGAGCGUCAAAACUGCGUCACUCCAGUAACUAUCUCUGCAACAGCAACUUCACAAUCUUAUCCUUUCCUAAAUGAAACCCAAAUCCAAACACACUUAUUCAAAGGCCGAUGAUUCAACCUUCUUCUCGAAUUGGAAACACAAUAACAACAACAAAAACGGCGGUGGAAAUCAAUUCCCGGUAACUGAAUUCCUCCAAGAAAACUACCGUAAGUUUGAGGAUAAUGUAUCGGGUCCUGGAGCUGGUUUAGGUGUUGGAUGUGGUGUCGGGUUGGGUUUGGGUUUGGUUGGUGGAGUUGGGUAUGAUGGGUGGCCUUGGAACUGUUUUCAGUUAGUGUUUGGAGUUGGUAUGGGUUGUGGUGUUGGGGUUGGAUUCGGAUACGGUCGUGGACUCGGGUAUGGUCGUAGCUUGGGUUCGUUGAGGUCUGAUUUGUUUGAUGAUAGGAAGUCAAAUUCUAAAAAGAAUAAAAGGAUUCUACAUUGAUUAUUAAUUACCUUUGUUGUUGUUUUUUUUGGAAAUUUAAUAUGAAUCGGGUUUUUCGUUUCA